AUGACAUCAGAUAGCAAAAUCAGUAAAGAAGUCACCACUAUGAGCGAACAGGAGGGCACAGGCCUAAGGAGGAGGAAGGUAAGGAGCAAGUCUCGAACAGGGCUCAGCGACACCAGAUCAAGAGAAGGAAGGAAUAGGACAAACUCCAGACGGAGUUCUCCGAGAAACAGCAGCUCAAAGCAAGACCAGGGAUAG